AUGAACGGGUAUUUCGAUUCGGCCAGAUUGCUCGUUGAACACGGCGCUGCAGUGAACCUUUCAGGGGAAGGUGGCAACACGCCACUGAUGCACGCAGCCGAGGGGGAGCACGCUGCCAUGACCAAGCUACUGCUGGACAAUGGCGCUUCGAUCGAUGCUUCUAAUGACGAAGGCUGGACGGCUCUGAUGUUCGCGGCGCAGGGAGGCUUCGUGGAUGUAAUAGCGGUUCUAGUGGAGAAGGGGGCAGACGUCAACAAGCAGCGUCUAGAUGGGGAGACAGCGCUGUUCGUGGCUAGUGCAAAUGGUCAGGUCGAUGCUGUCAAACUUCUAUUUGAUCACCGCGCCAGAGUCGACGCAGCGGAUGAGGACGGA